GUAUUGGAAUCAAAUGUAACCCAACUUUUAGAUGAAGUAAGAGAUUUUAAUGCAGAUUUACUGGAAGUGCAACGACUUGAUACGUUAAUCGAUACACUUAGGAAUUACAAUGGACCUACAAUAUGUCAUGAGUGGCCCUUUCCUUUAAUAUUUAAAGGUACAAUCGAUGAAGCUGAUGUGGCCCAAAUCCUCAACUCACAGCGUGACUUCAAAAGUGAACGAAAAAAGUUUGGUAUAGAGAAUUUUGACACGUAACGUUUAAAGUCUGCCACAAAAACCUAUUAAAUAAAUAAAUUAAAUUAGUAUUAAAAAAUAUUAUUUUACGAUCAA